CUUGAGGACGCCAUUUCAUUAACGAGAGAUUUGUGUCUGAAACAUUCAAGGGUUCAAGCUUUCUCGGGACUGCUGGAAUGUGCGCUUUGAUCAUAACUCACAGCAUCUAUAUAUAUGAAGUGUCUAACUAGAUCGAGAUUUGUAUGAUAACUCGUAAGAUGGAGAAACAUACUUGUCAACUUGUCGGCCGCUUUCAAAGUCGAGUUUGCGACACUUUUCAAAGGGUUCUGUAGACAUUCUAGAACACCAACGGUCACGGCUGCGAACAGUGCACCCCCACACUCUGCGACGCGCUUAGAAUAGUCGCCGUACGCGUUAAAUGACCAUACGAAAAUAUCAACGUGAGGCAUGAUACAUCACCCAAAGCCUGUUCCUGACUUUACCUCCACAAACAUCAGAACAAAACCACAGCAUCGAACCACAACAUGCUCAUCGGCGUCUGCGGCAGUAUUUGCUCCGGCAAAAAGACGGUGGCCCAAUAUCUCGUUGAGCAUCAUGGAUUCAAACUCCUCCAUCUACAGCCACACUCGCAGCCAAGGCCGUCCAAUUCCUCGCUUGGAGCCGAAUCCGCAUCACCCGAGGAACACGGUGCAGAGUCUCCAUCACAGUCUACCGACUCAACAGCUUUCACAGGCGCUCUGACCUCAACAGCGCUCACCACCAAGAAUGGUUACCAGUCUUCUUCUGAAACCACGCUGACUCUCCGGGAUGGUCCGCAACACGUGUUUUCCACAGCUGAGGAACUCCUCGACUUUGUGACGAAACGCUGGCGUAGCCGCUUUGUCACUACCGACAUUCCCACCGAGGCCGUUCUAGACGUCUUUCUUCGUCGACCUUUCUUCUUACUGCUCUCCGUCGAUGCGCCAUUGACGGUCCGCUGGCGACGGUUCCAGGACCGCGCGAGGCAGAGGCAUGCAGGAGAGCCUGACAUGAGUCUAGAAGACUUUGUCACAGAGAGCGAUACCCACCUAUACGAUGCAGAGAAAGGCCUCUCACCCCUUAUCUCGCGUGCUGUUGUGAGACUUCUCAACACAUCAUCCUCUCUAGCGCACCUCUAUGCUACCCUUGGCAAGCUGGACAUCCCAAAUCCUGAUCGUCUUCGCCCUUGCUGGGACACUUACUUUAUGGAAUUGGCAUCCCUUGCUGCACAACGCUCCAACUGUAUGAAGCGUAGGGUCGGAUGUGUUCUUGUUGGCAAAGAACGCAGGGUCAUUAGCACCGGUUAUAAUGGGACUCCAAGGGGACUACAGAAUUGCACUGAAGGAGGCUGUCCAAGGUGCAAUGACGGCAACAGCUCCGGAGUGGGCUUAUCGACUUGCCUGUGUAUCCAUGCCGAAGAGAACGCGCUUUUGGAAGCGGGACGAGAAAGAAUACGCGAGGGUUCUGUCCUAUACUGCGACACGUGUCCCUGCCUCACAUGCAGUAUCAAAAUCUGCCAGGUGGGUAUUAGCGAGGUUGUCUACGCCCAUACGUACAGCAUGGACAACGACACAGCCCGGGUGUUUAGGGAGGCUGGCGUGAGGCUGAGACAGUUCAUACCAGUGAGUACAUGAACCCUCCCUUCGAGUCCAGAUCUGGACGAAAUUCUGUCAUUCACUAGUGCUUUUUGAGAGUUUGAUACUGACUCAGAUCUAGCCGCCUAAUGGUCUGAUUCAUCUCGAGAAGAUGGAACUUUAUUAGAUCUUCGGUAUCUCGGCCGUCUCACUAUGAUCCCCUGCUAUGCCUUUGUGGGGAAUCUUGAGAGUGACGCUGGAUUUUGCCCAGAAUGUGGCUUAUUGAAGCAGAACACGAUGCUGGAAUUGCUUCGCCAAGAUUUGAUGCCAGAAGACUACGUGCUCAGGAUCACCCACUUCAGUUGGCAUGCAAAAUUCGCUCAUCUCGAUCCUCCCUCGCGAGGAGGUGCAUAUGAGACUUUAGUCAAAGGCUGAAGUUGACCUGCAAAGUUACUGUACCCCUCGCUGACUCCCUUGCCAAUGUGGUGUCCAAUUGUCCAAUCAAAUAGUAUAUGCUACACUCUCUCAUGCAGUCCCGAGUCCACUUGAAGCAUUGCAUCGCUGCACCGAAACCUCACAGACGGAAGCAGGCAAGCAGACGGCCCGUCGAGAUGCGUUUUGCAUUGCCAGCGUGGCCCGUUAUUGAGGCCAGCAGGUUUCUAAGCCCCAAUGACGCCGAACUCCAGAACACUAUAGGGUAGUCAUAGCCCACUUGGCCGCAGUUAUGGUAAGACGAGAAUGAAGCCACUUUGCGUCAUGGCGUUUGUCUGUGUCUUCCGUUUCGGAUAACGGUGCGCUUGGGUUCAAGUUGGUUCUGUUCUCGACGGUCUCUUAUGCAAGACUAUCAUUUUAACGCACAUGAAUAAAUUCAAUAUCUGCAUCCUUUAUCCGAGCGCUUAAUUUCGACUACAUGCUAAUUAAAGUCAUGCAACUUUUCGUGGAUGUGUAGGCUGUAACUAAUUAAACUCUUGCUUGGUUUCAUCACACUUGAACACAUUGUGCGUUUGCAUCGCAACAACAGGACAACGGCUACCAUCUGCGGGAAACAGCUUGCGAAUAGGGGCUCAGGAGUAUGUUAAAGUUGGUGAAGCUGCACUGAAAGUUGUAGACCGCUGCCGCCAGAGGCCACUUACACGGCCCUUAUAAUAUGAACUGCAUAGGGGUUCAUUUCACAGAGCCGCAGACUUGUGCGGUGUGCUUCAACGGCGUGCUAGCUGCAGCGAUGUCCCAUAGAAUAUGCAACCAAGUCAGGCGGUCAAC